AUGGGUGUUGACAAGAUGCUGAUGCGCGACCUGGAAGACGUUUUCGUGCCCACCUCAACGAAAGUGCCAAUGCGCGAAGAGCAGCCACAGGACAGCGAUGAUUGCCUCACGUGCGUGGCUCCGGCCCCGCAGUCCUUCAACAAGUGGCUCACGGUAGCGAUCUCCGAGGAAGACGCUGCGUACAAGAUCCAGAUGUUCCUGCGGGGUCGCCUCAAGCUGCGUCAAUGCAGCUGCACAUCAACUGAGCGCACGACUUCUACCACCUCUUCAGUAGACGCACUGUCGGUGCCGGAAGAGGUGGACGAAGACCAUUUGCAGUACGAGAUCUUGCUCUGGUACGGUUCCAGUCUCGGCUCCCUCGGCUUCAUCUCGUGUGACAUCACAGGCUAUCCGUGUGUGGAAGUGGCCGAAGGCAACGACUCGUUGCCCGGGAUGUGGAACCUCCGCGAAGGCGAUUUCCUCAUCGCUAUCAACGACCGCAACACGAAGCGCAACGCUGUGCCUUUCGACGCCGUCAUGCAGAUUCUCGACAGCGGCGUGCGGCCGGCCGUGCUGAGGUUUCGAAGACCUGCUUCGCACGAGUUGCAGAGCCUGACGACGAGACCGCGGCGGCUUUCGACGGUUGCGCGCACCGAUCUGCAAAAGAGUCGAGAGCGACUCGAGCGGUCCUUGAGCUACGUCAUCUGGCGAGAAGAGGACGGCCCGCUUGGAAUGAGUUUGAAACCGGAAACCGGCAAGUCCUAUCCGGUUGUCACGGCCAUGAACGCGUCUGGCGUAGCGGGUCGCGGGGGUAGCGGCAGGUACGGCAAAGUGAGUGUGGGCGAUCAGCUCUUGACCAUCAACCACCACGACGUGUUCCGCUUGGGGUUCAAGACGACGUGCCAAGUCAUGCAAGUGGCUCCGAAACCACUCGUGCUCACGUUCCGACGCACGUCACCGGAACGCACCGAGCCUCGUUAUCUCGACUUGUGA